UUGCGAGCUAUCCGUGUGGGGGUUAUGUUGUUUCUUCUCAAGAAAUAUUAAUAAAUACCGACGUUUAUUGAACUUAUCACACAAUUUUUUCCGGAUUUCUUAUCUUAUCGCUAUCGUCCAAGUGUGAAUCGAUCAUGAACAAACUUAGCCUUGCCUUCUAAAUGCCGAUAUUGUGAUGUGCUACUUUGGUCAAUAAUUUUUGCAUUUCUUGUUUUCGUAGUUGUUAGUCACGCGUGUAAGUAAAUUAUAAAGUGAAAAUGCCUUCCGGGCAGAGGGAAACCAAUGUUUCCAUACCGCUGACACCUACAAGGUCGGAUCUGUAUUGGCGAAGAAUAUUCAACAAGUACGACAAAGACAACGAUGGCAAGAUAUCGUACGUGGAGCUCAAAGGGAUCAUAGAGUCCCGGGAGUACGACCACGACCUCCCCGACAAUGUGGUGGACAAGAUCAUGGGCCUCGCCGACCGGGACAACUCGGGAUACCUGGACUUCCCGGAGUUUGUGGAGAUGAUGCACCACCCUGAUCUGAAAGCGGUCUUUGGACACUUCGUAGCUAGAUACGUGCACUCCAUCAUCCCUCACAGGAACCCGGUUGAUACUACAGGAAGGUGGCCUGGCUUCAACGCAGUUUCUACUAGUGACGGCGCAGUCCCUAGUACGCCCCGUAGCCAUACAAUCUUCACGUACACAGACGGUACGUACGAGGAGGAGUACAGUUGCUGGCCUCCUGCAAUCUGCAUGAUCAUCAUCUCGCUGGUGGAGAUAGUUCUGUUCGUGUACGAUGCGGUGCAAGGCAACACGGACGCGAACGGACCCAUUGCGAAGCUGUUUAUAUACAACCCGCAUCGAAGGAAUGAAGCCUGGAGAUUUCUGACAUACAUGCUGGUGCACGUUGGAGUGGUGCACCUCCUAGUCAAUCUACUCGUCCAGCUGUUCCUCGGAGUGCCUCUGGAGAUGGUCCACCGAUGGUGGAGAGUGGUCCUGGUGUACUUGGCCGGGGUGGCUGCCGGCUCCCUGGCGACCAGCCUGACAGACCCCAAGGUCUACCUGGCCGGAGCCUCGGGAGGCGUAUACGCGCUGAUUGCUGCGCAUAUAGCCACUAUCAUAAUGAACUGGGCAGAGAUGGAGUUCGCGAUUAUCCAGCUGCUCGUGUUCCUUCUGCUGGCGGCUGUGGACGUGGGCACGGCGGUGUACGACCGCUACUGGCGCCACGCGACGCAGAACAUCGGCUAUGUGGCUCACUUGGCUGGCGCUAUCGCUGGCCUCUUAGUAGGAAUCGGAGUUCUCCGGAACCUCGAGAAGAGAAAAUGGGAGAAACGCCUCUGGUGGGCAGCAGUCGUCAUCUACUUCUCCCUGAUGAUCGCCGGCAUCCUGGCCAACAUAUUCUGGACUGAUCGGUUCUUAGCAACAACGCCUUAAGACGGAGCAGUAAGGUUCCUAUUCCUUUGGCAGGUCACUCGGCCAAAUGCCAAAAUAUUCUGGACCUAUCGGUUCCUAGCGUCGACAUCUUAAGACGGAGCAGUAAGGUUCCUAUUCCUUUGGCAGGUCAUACGACCAAAUGCCAACAUAUUCUGGACUGAUCGGUUCUUAGCAACAACGCCUUAAGACGGAGCAGUAAGGUUCCUAUUCCUUUGGCAGGUCACACGGCCAAAUGCCAACAUAAACUGGACCAAUCGGUUCCUAGCAACAACGCCUUAAGACGGAGCAGUAAGGUUCCUAUUCCUUUGCAGGUCACUUGGCCAAAUGCCACAUAUUCUGGCCCGAACGGUUUCCAGUGUUGACAUCUUAAGACGGAGCAGUAAGGUUGCUAUUCCUUUGUCAGGUCACACGGUCAAAUGCCAACACAUUCUUGACAGAUCGGUUCCCAGAAUUUUCACCUUAUGGCCCAGCAAUAAGGUUCAUAUUCCUUUGGUAGGCUACAUGACCAAAUAGCCCCAAGACUGACAGGUUUUCCAACUUGUCUAGUUUCCAUAAGUGUUGUGCUUCUUUUAUAAUCGAUUGCAGCAUCGAUGGUUUUUUAACAAAACGUAAAAUUAUCGAUUCAUUUUGAUCUUUACUCACGAUGUGGGUGUGUUCUUAAAAAUGUGCCUUUAAGGUGUCUUAGUAAAAUUUGUAAAAUCGUACGUAAUUUUGGAAUCUUAUGUGAAUAUUUUUAUAUUCAAUAGGGUAAGACUACCCUAGUGAUGCAAUGCUGUAUUU